AACCGUUGUAAUCCUUGUGUAUAAGACGAAAAACAACUGUUGCUGAGAAAGCACAUCGACAUCCUUUUGUGCCUGUGCUUCUCCUAUCGAUAUGUCGAUUUUCACUCCUCUGAGGGCUCUUGCACGUCAAGUCCCUCUUUACCAUGAUCGACCCAGCUCACCCUCUCCAUCUGACGUUACUCGGUCUUCUUCUGACGGGGAAAGCGGGCGCGAUUCCAUCUCUGAAGGGGGCUCGCAACUUGUUCAUUUAAUUCCUACCGCAGCUACUCAGACAUCAACAUACGGUUUGUUCACUGUGGACACAAGCAUUGCUACCGGGAAAACCAAUUUUCCGAUUGCUUCGGGUGGACUUGCAGAUGUCUACAGAUGCAUAUUGAACAGGGACGCAAGUCUGGAAGAAGUUGCAGUCAAAUACCCACGGUUGCCAAACCCUACAGACGCCGCAGUGGUCAGAAUAAAUCGUAAUCUUGAACGCGAAAUCAAGGUCUGGACUAGAUUAAAUCAUCAGUAUGUAUUGUGCCUGCGUGGCACCGCAACGGGUUUCGGUCCAUUUCGAGCAUUGGUUUCCCCGUGGAUGCCGAACGGGACAUUGAACUCCUAUCUUACUCGUGAACAUGAAACCCCCACCGGGAUGGACAAGCCUCGUAUUCUUAAACAGAUCACCGAGGGGCUCAAACAUCUCCACGACACUAACGUGAUUCACGGCGAUCUGACCAGUAAAAAUGUCCUAAUUGCUGCUGAUGGAUCACCGCGCCUUGCAGACUUCGGUGUUUCGAAUAUCAUGGUUCAAUCUAACCCGGAAUUCUCCUUCCACAAUGGCGCAGUUCGUUGGGUAGCUCCAGAACUCAUCGACCUCUUGGAAGGUCAAGCCGUGCCAUAUGCCACCAAAUCCAGUGAUAUAUAUGCUCUUGGGUGUAUCAUGCUCGAGGUAUUAUACGGCAAACUACCCUACUGGUGGAUCAAGCAAGCCAACUCAGUCAUAGCAUCAAAGUGCAAAGGCCAAGAGCCCAUCAAAGACAACACCAUACAAAUUCAAGCACAUCAUCUGGACUUCAUGCGGCGGUGCUGGUCAGUCAAGAGUGAGACCCGUCCAUCAGUGGAUGAGGUACUGGGCUUUCUCGCUGAGGGAGCUAUCUCUAACGGGGUCUCAUCUACAUAAAAUAUCGCUGUCCGGAACUGGUUCAUUCUCGUAUUUUUUAUUCUAGCUGCCUCACUGGCACAGUACAGCGUUCAAGUAUAAUAUAGGAUUGCAUAUCCCCCGGCUCGGUACUUCAUGGUAAUGUUCAUGCAUACUAGUCUAUCGUAGAAUCAGAAUCCAUUACUAUGGCUAUGGUACAAUGAUAUGAGAGACCUCCGAUUCAGA